UAUAAAUGUGGAAGCAGAUGGAGUAAGUUCACACAUCUUGAUACAGCUCAACUGAGACUUUCACAUACUACUAUCAGGGAACACACACUUCAGGAUGGCUGCUCUUCGUCUCGCUCUGUCUGUGUUCGUGCUGAUGCUGGCUGCCAUCACUCUGAGUGAAGGUUUGCGUGGCGUUGGCCCAAAGAGAUGCUGCUUUCGUUUCAAUGAGAAAGAGGUGCCUAGAGACAGAGUGAUAGGCUACAUCAGGACCAGCCAGCGCUGCUCCAAACCUGCCGUCUUGUUGCAGACAGUGGCGGGUCGGGUCACACGUCAUCUGUGUGCCAGCCCUUCAGCCCCUUGGGUGAAGAAUCUCAUCAGCUACCUGGACACCAAAGCUAUCCCAGGAGAGAUGUCCAGCCUGUAACCAUGACAACACCAUAUCCACUAUCAGAGCCUCUGAUGAAUGGCAUCUGGUCACUUAUAGUGACGUGAUGCUGCAAUCCAAACUAUGACUGUCAAAGCUCUAUAUAUAUAUAUAUUAAUACAUAUAUAUGUAACUAUUAGAAUAUAUUUGCUUGAUACAACACUCAAAGUAUGACCAUCUCCACUGUGAACUACUGUUGCAUUGUAAUUUGAAUUGAUUUAGGGAAACUACAGUCACUGUAAAAGAGCAAUGCCUUCCAACUCCACUUGUCAUCAGUAGAGUAUAAGCUAUGGGUAACCCCACUAUUUCUACUAUUCUACAUUGUGAGCUCUUUGUCUUGUGUUUUAUAUAAAGUAAAGUGAUGAUGGGUUUUUUUCUAUUUACAGUCAUGUGUUGAAUACUUGUACAGAUAAGUACACACUUUGACAACAAAACAUUUAUUUCUGUAUGCUUAUGCUACUAAUUUGAUUCUCUUGAAUUAAAGCAAUAUAAUAUGUCAUA